AUGAGACCUGAUGGGUUUGAUCCUAGCGUACUCAAAGAGCUGGCUGAUGUCAUCACAAGAGCUCUCUCGAUGAUUCUUGAAUGGUCUCAAGAGUCUGAAAAGGUCCCAAUUGACUGGAACUUGACAAAUGCCUCAAUUUUCCAGAAGGGCCAGAAGGAUACCCCUGGUAACCACAGGUGUCUCAGACUCACUUCAGUUCCUGAUAACAUUAUGGAGAGAAUUAUGUUGGGAGUUAUUGAGAAACACCUGAAGGACAGUGUAGUCAUGGAUCACAGCCAGCACGGGUUCAUGAAGGGCAAGUGUGAGAAACACCUGAAGGACAAUGUAGUCAUGGGUCACAGCCAGCACGGGUUCAUGAAGGGCAAGUCCUGCUUGUCAAACUUAAUUUCUUUUUUUGACAAGAGCCUUGAUGAGUAUGAAGAUGAUGAAGCAGGGCAGAAGGAACGAAAGAAAGAAGAUGCUAUUACUCAACAGAAUACGAUACAAAAUGAGAAUUCCAGUGCAGAUACCUCUUGCUCAUACUUACUCCAGGACUCCUCCAGGAUGAUUUCAAGCAGGUAUAAAAGCAUGGCUAAUACACCAGAAGAUGAUGUCCCAAACAGAUAUUCCCGAACAGAGAGGACAACUUACAGCAGAUACAGCAGAGAUGCAAAUUCUUCUGGCAGUUCUCUACCAAGUAACACUUUGGAAAAGAGGAUUGAGGAGCUUGAAAGGGAACUUGCAAAAGAAAGGCAGGAAAAUGCAAGAUUAGUGAAGAUGGCUCAGGACAAAGAAGAACUAAUUGGAAAGCUGAAAGAAGAAAUUGAUUUAUUAAACAGAGAUCUAGAUGAUAUAGAAGAUGAAAAUGAACAAUUGAAGCAAGAAAAUAAAACCCUCUUAAAAGUUGUUGGACAGCUGACAAGGUAGAAGAUUCAGGCAUCAGUGAGGAAAGAUUUUAAAAACUACUGAUUGAACAUUAAGGUCAAUAUAGUAAUAUUUCUUGUGUUGCAGUAUGUUGUAAUAACUGUCUUUGUAUUUAUUGUUAGGAAACCAGAUGAAUGUUUAUUUUCAUAGUACUUUCUCCUUCGUUCAAUGAAAUGGCAUAAAAUUUGGAGUGUAUUUUUAACUUUCUUUUCACAGAAGCAUAAUUAAAAAUUUUGUCGUGUUUCAGAAUUUUAAGUUCAAAAAUAUUUGGAUUUUGUACCUUCAGAUUGCAGCUGCAUAAACUACAGUAAUUGAAAAUUUAUAGCACCAAGAUCAUUUUUAGUCCAUGUGGGUGUAUAUUUUUGAAAUGAAUGGAAGCAAUACACAUAAGCUUUGUUUACACAGAUUCAAAAUAUGUAUUUUGGGAAAUGCUUCCUUUUUUGUUCAUACAGCUGUAAAGUGGAUGCCUUAUUACUGAUGUAUAACGUUUUGCAGAUUGAUGACUUGCUCUAGAACUCUUGUAUGUUGAGUUUUUUUACUGUGUCUGAAAGAUUGACAAUAGUAGAGAGUAGCAUUUUUUUUCUAUGUUUAACAGUAUUCUGUCAGAAGGGGAAGGUUUUACUGAAAAACAAAUGCAAAAUACCACAAAGCCAAAUAAAUCACCUCUGGUAUCAGCAAUAAUAAGUUCUUAGAAUCACAUUGAAGUUGUGCACUGCAGUUUAUUUUAUGGCUUUUGCUUUAGCAAUGAAAUACAAGUUUGCAAUCAGACAGUUAGUUUGCUGUGUUGAGAAUUCAAACAAAGCCUGGAGCUUUCAUUUUAGCAAAGACACUUCUUGUUGUCAUCUUAAAAUUUGUAGUGAUCAUAACCCAUACAAGUUUUUUGGAUUUUUUUUUUUUUUAAGCUGAGUGAAAUUUUUUUUGUACAUGAUGAACUGGAGGGGCAUACUGGUGAUUUGUGCCUUUUUGAAGCAUCAAAUGGUAUACAAAGUCUUUGAUUUUAAACUAACAAGUCAUUUAAAAAGUGCCUGGUUAGAUGUUACAAUCCAGUUAUGACUGUGUGCAGAUUCUUCUAUAACAUGACAGCUGACAAAAUUUUCCUUAGACUUUAACCACAGACCUCAGUUAACAUUUAGACUGAAAGUUGUUUGUACUUUAUUUUAUCUUAGUACAGCACAUUUUUCAUUUUGGUCAGAUUAAGUCUAUAUAUCCUUUGAGGAACAGAAAUUAAAAUAUUGCAAAGAGUCCAGGCUUUUUCUGUACAAUUUUGAAGUUUGGUGUCAGAAAGUUACAUGCAUAUAGUUCUUGUUACCUUAAAACUUAAAAGCAACUUUAAUAUAACAAUAUAACAGUAUUGUUAUAUUAAUAUAUAUGUGAAAUACAUAUAACAAUUUCCUUUUCAGAUUUGCCAAUUGUUUUCAUAAUGAGCAUUUAAUGGCUGUGUUUCUUAAAUUUAAAAUCCAGCUAUUAUUGUUACACUUUGGACUGUUUUGGAUAUAACAUAGGUUAUUUUGUAUUUGUGCAUUCUAAUGAGGAAAAACUUUUCAAAGCUUUAAAGUGUUUUUCAAGACACUUAUAGUCCAGAAUGCCUCAUUGUUUUCCUUCACAGUGGAUGAGAUUCCACAGAACGCUGUUUAAAAUCUUUACUAAGGGGGCUAAAUGGUAUAGGGCGUUUGUAUGAGCCCUUUGAACUACAAUGUACACCAAUGAGUAUUGCCUGUAAUAUUAUUGAAACAGUAAGAGGUCCCUUAAUUUAUGAGUUCCAUGAAAUUAAAUAAUCAGAGACAUAAUAAAGCCAGUUGAGGUGUGUGCCUUUUGAAUAAAUAUGAAACUUUCUCUGGAAGAACAUCUGAUUUUCUUUGUGUACUAGGUAGGAUAUACACGUACCCAUGUGCUGUAUGGGAUGUCAAACAUUGAAGCAUUAUUAAGGACAUACUGCAGUACACACAGAUAGCAAUAUAAAGUUGCAAAUGAGAUGUUUCAUAAAAUAUGUUUCAUGUACAUUUUAAACCAAAGAAAAAUAGCAACAAAGAGCAUAAACAAGAAUUACUUGUCUUCAUAUUACCUCUUCUUGGCUGCAGUAAUGCCGGAAUUAGAAUUAAUUUUUUUAACUUGUACAUAAAACUGACAGAAGUAUUUGGCAGAAUUUCUGGAUUUCUAGUGUAACUGUUCUUGUUGAGGGCUAGUUGUGAUUCUUCUGCUCUGGAAAUCUUGUGGUAGUUGAGUUUUACUCUGAAAACAGUCUCAUAAUCAUAAUGCAGAGUGAUUUUUUUUAAAAAGCAUCCAUUUUAUGUGUUUAAAAAAUUUAAACAUCAUUAACCUGUGAAUAACUGAAUAUCCAUUUUAGUUUUGAACAUUGACUAGUUGUGGUGAUACUUGUUAUCAGAUUAAAAAAUGAUUUUGAAAUUCUUCUACUGCAGGUAAAAGGUAUAUGUUUAAUA